ACCCUUAGAGAAAAUAGGAAGCUGACGUGACGACACAAGAUGAGCUUUGAAGUUAAGCAAUCUCUAUCGACUUAACUGCAUUUGCAGUAAUACUGUAAUGAACUGCCUUAGUCUCUUAAAUCUAUUAGUCUGUCUGUGAGGUUUCUGCUGUCGCUAUUUUGGCUUAGUUUUGUCUGUGAAACAAUACUUUCAUCCAAGACCUUUACAACAUCAUCAUCCUGAGUGUCUCAUGCAUCAUUUAGUAUGAAAUUUUGAAGAGGCGGAGCAUAUCACAGAGACUAACGAGGAUCCACAAUUAAGGGGAUAUACAGGAGGAACGCACACAGAUUGAAAACCACCACUGUAAGAUGAUCAUGAAGUCAUCAGUACCCUUUGCGGUCCUGAUCGUACUAGUGGUGUCCAGGGCACAGGCAUUUAUUUCAGUUGGGGGUAGCGGAAACACUCAUGUGACAAUUACUGGCAGUGCUGUAAUGGCCAAGAUCUAUGAGGUGUGCGAAGCAGUGGCUGAAUCAGAAGGAAGAGAUUUCAAACCCACGGGCUCAUCAGCAGAGGAGCUGCUGCGUGCGUGUCUGGGCACAGCCACAGGUGAGGUGUCGGGGGCCAAGUUCCGGACGGCACUCAAUCAGAUCUACAAGCAGAACGGCUUAGUGGACCAGGACUUCAUGAGCAGCGCGCCGCACCACUUCAAUAAUGAGGCCUUCAUUGAGGGACGCAACCUUAUCAUUCAGGGGACCGCUGCCAUUAAAGCCAACGUCCGCACCGAGAACUUUCAGUCUGCCCGAGAAACACUGGGGAGAGUGUGUCACACACUGCAGGAUUUUUACAGCCACAGUAACUGGGUUGAAUUAGGUAACAAAAGUCCAUAUGCCAACCUCAUCAGACCGGAUCUCAACAUUGAGAAGAUUGCAGACACUGCAAUGUCAACAUGCAGUGAUUGUGCCAGUGGUACCUGUCCAAACCAGCUCCUUCCUGCCAUUCUGAAUGGGAAGUACCUCACUUCAGGAUAUAUGGGCCUGUUCUCCUCUGAAAAACCCCAAGGAAAAUGCAGCCAUGGUGGGGAGACUGAUCUCAGCAGUAGCCAGAAUCCUCGAGGUGGCAUCAGCAAAGAUGAGAGCCAUUCCUAUAAUGCUAAUCUACACAAUAAUGCUGUCAACCUGGCAUCUGAAGCCACAAUGGAACUGCUAGAGGACAUCCGUGGAGCUAUAGGAAACAAUAACUACCUUCGGCUGAUGGGUAUUGCGCGAUCUGCAGUACUGGCUUUUGUAAUUGACACCACAGGCAGUAUGGCAGACGACAUUGCAGAGGCCAAGAGAGUCGCUUUCACUAUUAUAGACACUAAAAAAGGAACUCAAGAUGAACCAUCUGAAUACAUUCUGGUGCCGUUUAAUGAUCCAAAGUUCGGACCACUAAUAAGAACCACAAACCCAGAUGUGAUGAAGUCAGAGAUCUCCAAAAUCAAGGCUGAAGGAGGAGGAGAUAUCCCAGAAAUGUGCCUGUCAGCACUUCAGUUGGCUCUGACAGGAGCUCCUGCCUCCUCAUAUAUAUAUGUGUUCACGGAUGCACCAGCCAAGGAUACACAUCUGGAGAAAACCAUCACCGCCCUCAUUCGCAGCACCAAGUCUACGGUAUCUUUCUUACUGACAGCAUCAAGAAGGAGUAGAAGGGCACUGAGCGCAUCGUCACAAUUUCAGAUGUAUUAUGACAUGGCCUUGGCCUCUGGCGGUCAAGCCAUUGAGGUCUCCAAGUCCAGCAUCUCUCAAGCCACUGACAUCAUAGUUGACACCUCUACUUCAGCCCUGGUUACAGUUCUUCAGUGCUCCAGGGAUCCAGGACGUGUAGAGAAUUUCCCCUUCCUACUGGAUGGGUCUGUGUCCAACACUACCAUCUAUAUCACAGGAACUAGCCUCACGUUCAACCUGCGCAGCCCCACAGGAGUUACUCAAUCUCACAAUGUUGCCAGCGGACCUCUGGGAACAUCUCAGAAAGUGGGAAACUUGCAACGAAUCCAACUACACUCAACAGAGAUGGGCCUGUGGCACAUUGACAUGACAACAACUCAGCCAUACACCAUAAAAGUGAUGGGUCAAAGUGCGAUUACUUUCAUCUAUGACUUUGUGGAGGAAUUCAAAGGACCCCAUCCUGGAUUUGCUGCGAUUGAUGGACGGCCAUCAACAGGUUCACCGGCUAAGCUGCUGCUAACUCUGACUGGAGAGAAAGGUCCAGAGGCUCUAGAGCUGCAGGAGGUAGCUCUCAUGGAGGUGUCUGGGGUCAAAGUGUCUAAUGGCAUCAUUGAGAAAAUGGGUAAUGGAGAUUACCUGGUUAUUGUGAACGACGUGCCAGAAGGAGAGUUUGUGGUAAUGCUGAAGGGAAAGGAGAAGACCUUCACCACCCUCUUCCAAAGGCAGACCACCACACUAAUGUCUCAGUCUAAAGUCACCAUCAAGGCAAUAGCAGACAGCUCCAUGCUACCAGGACAAGAAUUUCAACUCAAUUUUACUGUAACAACCAAUGGAACCGGUGGUACCUACACUAUUCGUGCAAGGAAUGACAAAAACAUCCCUAUGACACAUCCAUUAACGCUCAGUCUCGUGAGUGGUGGCAGCGCUCAGGGGACAGUGUCUCUCACUCCACCUGCUGAUACGGUCUCAGGAACAGAUGUUACGCUAACCAUUGAGGCAGAAGGCCCUGGAGGAAGUGACUCUAACUAUGUUGUCCUUCGCCUUUCUGUUCUCUCCAAGGUUACAGACCUCACACCUCCAAAAUGUGAAAUUACCGAUGUACAGGGUAUUUGUUACUCGUCGUCUUGCAGCUCAUCAAACUGGGAACUCUCCGUCAACAUCACAGACGGUAACGGCACAGGCAUCGAGAGCAUUUCUAUCCAGCAAGGCAGUGGAAACUUCACCCAGAGGGAAGUGGAAGACGGUGUGAUCGUGGUGAUGGGUCUGUACGAGGCCUCAUGUUGUUCACCAUCUGUGACUUUGUCUGCAGUUGACAAAGUAGGGAACGUGGGCAGGUGCAGUUACACCAUUAAGUCCAGCGCAGGCUCACGUCUUAUCAGCAUGUCCCUCCCUCUGUGGGCAUCUCUGCUUUUAUACGGUUUCCUACGUGAUGCCUUGUUUCUGUAGUGAAAUGGAGUUCAUCCAGCCAAACACAGUCGUCCCAUCCUUCUCUUUCUCAUCCCAUUCUUAGAGCUCUCAAAUUACAAAGCAUUUCAUCCCAAAUCUUCCUUUACUGGUAUUUCCAGCUUAAGUUUAAACGGCAUUAAAGAGCUAUGCUGCUUAUACAGAUCUUACAAAUCUUAUACAGAUUGUGAGGCCAUGCAAAAAUAUAACUCAGGAAUCAUGAAAUUAAUUCAUUGUCAUAUGCCAGUUCAGUGUAAUAUUCAUAUGAUCAGUAAAAAAUUAAUUUUGCAAAAAUGUAAAAAUAGACAUUCUGCAAUUUUAUAUUUUCUGCCCAAACACAGAAAUUAUGUAUAUUGUGGUAUAUUUUGUGUAACCAUAUGAGGUCACAUAUAUUUUCAAUAUCAUUAACAUAUAACUGUUAUAUAAAUGUACAAAUAUUACGAUGGUUUCUAAAUACCCAUUUAAAGAAACUAUAUUUUACAGGUCAGUAACCCUAAUAUACACUUCAGGACAAUGACAGUUGUAAUACAUAAAGGAUUGUUAUGUGCAAUAAACAUAAGGUCAUGUUUUAGCUAAGUUAUAGUGCUUUGCGCAAUGAAUGAUGAUGAAUGACAUUUUAAAACAUGAACAUGUAAUCUAAACUCAACCAGCUUUCCAAAUGUUAACAAAAUAAACUGUAUUUGUACUCA